CGGGACAUUCUUUGAUUUUACUCAACGAAAUAAACUACAAGAUGUCUGGACGUGGAAAGGGAGCCGGUAAGACCAGAGCGAAGGCGAAGAGCAGGUCCUCCAGGGCCGGCCUGCAGUUCCCCGUCGGCCGUGUCCACAGACACUUGAGGAAGGGUAACUACGCCCAGCGUGUCGGUGCCGGAGCUCCGGUGUACCUGGCGGCGGUGCUGGAGUACCUGACCGCUGAGAUCCUGGAGCUGGCUGGAAACGCUGCCCGCGACAACAAGAAGACCAGGAUCAUCCCCCGUCACCUGCAGCUGGCCGUCCGCAACGACGAGGAGCUCAACAAGCUGCUGGGCGGAGUGACCAUCGCUCAGGGCGGCGUGCUGCCCAACAUCCAGGCGGUGCUGCUGCCCAAGAAGACCGAGAAGGCCGCCAAGAAGUAGAGACCCGACCCGGCUACACACACCCACAACAACCACCACAACAACCACAACGGCUCUUUUAAGAGCCACCACAUCCACUAAAGAGAUGAUCCUAAAACCAACAACCUACUAUAAUAGCUGUACUUAAAUUAAUAUUAAUAUAAAUGACGUAUUAGUUACAGCAAAGUCAUCAAAGCUAUAACUGUAUUUACAAUUUAAUUUAUUUUGUCCCCCUGUAUAUUUAAUUAAUACAAUUGUGCUGUUUUCAAUGGUUGCAGUUAAGAACAAUAAUUAUUAUUUAAAUAAUUAAGAUAAAUGCAAGUCUUGUUGGAAUGUAUAUAAAGUUAUUUUUACAUUAAAGUUCUUAUUCCUCUUGAUUACUGGCUGCGUUACUUUAAUAUAAUGUAUAUAAGGUGCUAGUAUCCAUGGAUUCCUGUACUAUAUAAAUACAAAUAUAGGGUUUAUGGUGUUCCACAUUAUGUGCAUUAAAUGUGUUUGACGUGU